CAUCAGUUUUGGGUCACACAAGUAUGGCUGAAUUUCGAGUAAAAGGCCUUGUUGCGGCGACAUUCACUCCAUUUGACGACAAUGGGGAUGUUGUCCUCAGCAAGAUCGAGGACCAUAUCCAGUAUUUAAAAGAGGUCGAUGUUAAACAUGUCUUCGUAAAUGGAGCCACGGGGGAAGGUAUGUCCUUGACCUUGGAGGAAAGGAAGGUCAUCGCUGCUGAAUGGGUCAAGGCCAACAAUGGACGACUAGACACCAUCAUUAUGCACGUUGGGUGUGCAAACCUCCGGGACACCCAAACAUUGGCCAAACAUGCAGCGGAGGUGGGCGUUGACGCCAUAGCUGCCAUUCCGCCUCUGUUCUUCCGGCCAACCACUGUAGACCACCUUGUGGACUACAUGCGGCGUGUGGGGGAGGCUGCCCCUACCUUGCCCCUCUACCUGUACCAUGUACCCCCUCUCACCUGUGUGGAACUGAACAUGGCUGACUUCCUCCGCAAGGCGAGAGAUGUCGUGCCCAGUCUCCGAGGGGUGAAGUUUUCCUCCCAGGAUCUGCCUGUAGUCAGUGAAUGUGUCCAGACGGAGGACGCCCAGGGGCACAAGUACAACGUCCUGUUUGGCUGUGAUCAGCAACUGCUGUCGGCCCUGGUGCUGGGCGUGGACGGGGCUGUCGGGUCUACCUACAACUUCAUGGCGGGGGUGUACCAGCGAAUGAUGGAGGCGAUGGACCGCGGGGACAUGGACGCAGCUCGAGAAGAACAGUACCGUUCACAGAGGGCAUGCAAGCUGCUCUUUAACUAUGCUACACAAGGCGGGAGUACCGUUUCCUGUUUGAAACAAAUGAUGGCAUUCGCUGGGCUGGAUGUUGGCCCACCUCGCUGUCCACUGAGAGCUCUUGGAACUGAUGACGUCGCCACAUACAGACAGGAGUUAGACGACACAGGCUUCUUCCAGUGGUACCGGAAGUAGUGCUUAGGUCCCAGAAGUAAAACAUAUUCUCGAAACGACUGGAGAUACCGAUCUUCUUUUCCAAAUACCCCGUUAACAGAAAGCGCUGCUUCUGAUCCGAUCUUCAGACAAUGCACACGUCCGGUCUCGUUUGAUGGUUUCUUUUGUUCCAAACGGGGCAUGAUUACAAAUACACCUACUUACUCAAACGUUUAGAUUGAUAAAUAUUAUAUCUUUACACUUCUAUUUUGCCAAGUCAGGAUUAUAUGCGUUAAUGUUUCUUGAUUUGAUUAGAUUUUGGAGAUUUUACGUGCGCUUCCCCACAUGAUGCUAUAUUUUGUACAUGAUAUCUUACGAUCUUAUGAUAAUUGUAUGCCAGAAGGCAAGACCGUGCGUUCAUUAUUUACUGAUAUUCAAACUAGUGUCAUUCUGAUUGUCUGCCUAAAGACACCACAUAACAAAUAUGCAUUAGUUUUAAGAAUAAUCUGUUAUGAAUAUUUUAUGUCUGUGUCAACUACUUAACUUUCAACUAAAAAUACACAUUGAAUGUAAAACGGUAAAUAAAUAUUCAAGCUCA